AUGGCCAGUACUGUGGGGGAAAUAGUUGGGUACUUUCCAUCAUCUUUCUUUGGCAAAAUUACUUUCAUUUCAAUAAAUCAACACACAGACAAGCCUCAGCUGAAGGAGACUCCAGAGCAGAUCACAGUGACAGAAGGAGACCCUCUGCAUCUGAACUGCUCUAGUGAGGGAAACCCCAGCCCCUCCUACACCUGGACGCUCCUUUCAAACAUUCGCUCCCCCAUCAGUGGCAGCACUCUCAUUAUCGAGGCUGUAACUCGUGCAGAUGGAGGACAGUACAUCUGUUUGGUCAGAAACUCUGUGGGGAAAGUAACUAAAGAGUUUACUGUGGAUGUCAAAGAGAGCAACAUCUACAUUAUUAUUAUUGUGGUGGUAGCAGUCAUCGUUCUGGCUGUCCUUGUCUUCGCCGUUGUGUGGCAUCUGUACAAAAACAACCGAGUGGGAAAGUACAACCUGAAGGAUGUCUUCUUUCUUAGCCAACGCUAUCAACACAUUGCUGAGCCUAUUGGAGAGUAA